AAUCAAAACCAUUAUAUAUGAGAUCAAUUAUUUUUAUUUUUCAAAAUAACAAAUAAUUGAAGAGAGAAAUAAUUAAGCUGAAAGAUGAAGCUUUUUGGAGCUAAGACAGUACCAUUAUUGAUCUUGGUGGUAGUGAUGACAGGUUUAGUGGGGCAAGGAGAAGCGCAUGCUUGUGGCAGCACAUUUUUCUCAGCACUUGUUCAAUUAAUCCCUUGUAGGGCAGCAGUGGCUCCUUUCAGUCCAAUCCCACCAAGUGAAGUCUGUUGCAAUGCUUUGAAAACACUAGGCCAACCUUGCUUGUGCGUGCUUGUAAAUGGUCCUCCCAUUUCUGGGGUUGAUAGGAACAUGGCCUUGCAGCUCCCUGACAAGUGCACUACUAACUUUGAACCAUGUGAAAUUUCAAAGAAGUAGAAGCACAAGCAUGUCUAUGAUUAGGGCUUGGUGGGUUCAUUUUAGUAGUAAUAAGAGAACACAAAAUGUUAGAAUUAUGUGUUGGAUUUUUAGCUCUAGAUGUUUCUUUUUCCUUAUAUCUUAUUGAUUGUUGAUCUAUAUGUAGUAUGAAGUAUGAACAAUGGAUGUUUCUUAUUCCUUCUUGUU